UUGAAAGAUGUUGAAGAAUCCGCCAUGAUGCUACCAUGUGAAAAACCAGUAUAAGGGCACUGACAACUGCCAACGAAAACUUAUGAUGUAUGGUGCGAUGAAAGGGAUUCAUUCCAGUAAAAGUUAUAAAACGUUCACAGUCCAGUCCAUACGUUGUACGCUGAUUACUCUAACUUUACUGAUGCAAUUGCAAGGAACAGAAUGCCAAAAUCCUUCCUUUAAUAACUCUUGGUACAUAUUUUCAGAGAGGGGAAAAACAUGGGACGUAAAUCAACGCACCUGCCGAAACCAAGGUGGAGACCUGGUUUCCAUCGAAACUAGAGGAGAAUGGAUGUUUAUCAAUAAAGAGAUUCGAAAGCGCUUUUCUUUCUUUUCUUCUAAGUUCUAUCAUAUUGGUUUGGAAAGAAAGGCUGACAUGUGGACUUGGUUGAGUGGAAGACCGCUGACUAUUUGCCACUGGGAAAAAAACCCGCCAACACCUAAGAGAGAUGUGGCUGUUAUACUCAAGGUGUCUACAAGCGACAAACAGUGCAUAAUCAAUUUCUUCCGUAGAAAUAGGUGGGCGGCUUAUAUCUGUGAGAUCUCCAACGUUACAGGACAAAACUCUUCGCAGACCUACUAUCAAGAAUACGUUGAAGUACCUUGCACGCUGGAAUAUGGCAAUAAGAGUUGGGUGCAAAAUUGCAACUUUACCAGUUAUAGCUGCAAAAUGAACUGUACCGUAACCAGUUGUGAGCACGUGCCAAAUAAUAUCUCCUUCGAGGUUUGCGGGCAAGAUUGUAGUCACACGAACUCAUUGGUAGACCAAUGUUCUGAGCAAAUACAUGACGGAGGUUAUCAUACUUGCUACGCCGCGGGAUAUAAUCUGACAAUCGGCAAGAAGGAAUUUGCAUCUGAGAAGGCUUACUAUUGUGAGGGUGGUCAAUGUAAUUUAAAAUGCAAUGGAAUAAGGUGCACUCAAAUAUGCAAAGAAGGAGAAGACGAUUUAUUGAUAUCAACGGGUACAUCAUCAUCUUCGACGUCACCUGUAGCAGUCUCUGCAUCAACGGAAUCAGCAUGGACUCAACCGUCGCCGCAGCCUUCGUUGUCUUCUUCACCUUCACCUGCAAAUGAAUAUGUCUCUAAAUUUGACAGAAUAGAGAUCAUCAGAAGCAGUUCCUUGCAGCUUACGGCCGAGGACGAGACUAUUCUGCAAAUUAUCACCAAAGUGGGAUUAAGCUUUUCUAUCACCGGAAUACUUUUGACAAUUAUUGUGUAUUCCUUCAUCACAGAUGUUCGUCAGCCUCUUUCUCAAAUACGAUUGAGUUUUUCUGUGUCACUCGGAGCUGGUCAAAUAAUCUUUCUCGCCGGUAUAAAGGCCACAGAAAAUAGGGCUUCCUGUGUUACAGCAGCAGUUCUCUCACAGUAUUUCCUGAUGGCCGCUUUCUGUUGGAUGAUGGUCGAGGGAGUUUAUCUUUAUCUGUUUGCUAUGAAAGUUUAUAACAUUAGCGACAAGAUGCACACGUAUCACAUCAUCUCAUGGGGUUUUCCGGUCGUCAUGGUAGGCAUUUCAUUGAGCGUUGCGGCUGGAAAAGAUGGAAUUCAAAGUUAUACCAGUGACAAAUAUUGUUGGCUGUCCUCAACUAACAACCUGAUCUGGAUAUUCGUCGCAUUUGUGGCGCUCAUUGAAGUUUUCAACAUAUUGAUAAUCAUCCGGGUCCAUAAAGAGAUGAGCACACUGAUGCAGCCAAUGGUGGAAGACAAGCGUUUCCAGCAGAUACGACUUGGCAUGAAAACAUGCGUGGUGAUGGUGCCACUGCUGGGUGUCACGUGGUUAUUUGGUCUUUUGUUACCAUUACACAAAGCUUUCGCCUACAUUUUCACCCUCUUAAACUCCACUCAGGGUUUCAUGAUUUUCGCCCUUCACUGUAUGCGAAACAGCCAGAUUAGAGAGCGAUUCAAGAGGAGGAUGAACACCAUUUCUCCAUAUGCAGUCGAUGGAAACUUUACAAAGAAGGGCUCACAUGUUAAUCUAGGUGAUGCCGGAAAUGUGUGGACAGUUGAAUUGCAGUCUUUUAAUAACUGAAGAAUAGCACCUAACUUGAGUAUAGCAACUCAACCGACUUUUAGCUGUAGCCAAUCACAUAGUGUGAUCGUCAAGGCGAAGGUAUAUCUUCAAUUUAGCUUGUUCAGGAUCGAAAUGACAGCAAAGUCAGGCCUUCUGUGUCCACUAGUAAGUCAGUAUAACAAUGUUUUGCUCAAAGUCUAGCAUUUUUUGAAUGGGAGAUAUUCUCUUCUAAAAGAUAGCUAGAAAAGCUUGAAGCCAACACUGUGGCCCAUGUGUGAAUAGUGUUGAUGCGACUAACACUAAUACCCCAUCCACACCAGCAAAACAUGUUUUAGCUACACCAGAUUUAACUGAACAAAAAUACGAAUCUGAGAACUGAAAAUCUGAAUUUUAUAAAGGAUUCAAGUAGUCAAUAACUUGUAUUUUCAAUGUGUUAAAUUUGAAGCCGACGAACAUCUUUUUAAGCAGCUUAAACUGUUUUUAACAAAAUAGCCUUAAAACAUGCUUACCUAAGCGUUGGGUGAAUGUGGUGUAAGAUAAU